AUGGCGCGCACCGCUUCAGCAGAAAAGGCGAAACGCCAAUUACCUCAAAACCCCAACGAUCUAUCCGACGACGAACUCGCAAGCGAUGAACCGACCUGGGAAUGGGUCUAUAACUCUACCCCAACGACCGAACGGAACGAUGAGCCUCAGAGUGACCGAAAACGAAGAAAGGUGGUUGGUGAUAGGAUUGUUGGAGCCAGAAUUGGUCAAUUCGAAUGUCGGAUCGGAGAUGCUCUUAUGCUCAAGGCCGAUGGAUCUAAUGAAGCAUGGGUUGCUCUGGUUUGCGAUUUUGUCGAAGAUGACGGGGAGGGCGAGAAGGCAGUCAACUUCAUGUGGUUCUCAAGUGAAAGGGAGAUUCGAAACAAGGAAAAGAAACGAACCGACUUCUAUCCAAACGAACUCUACCUCUCCCCAUCUUGGGACAUCAACCCCCUAGCGUCCGUCAAUGGCAAAGCAAAGAUCAUGUCUCAUGAUGCCUUCCUUUCCAAAUACCCCCAAGGCCGAAUUCCUAAAAACCACCCAGACUAUGGCAAGGUCUUUGUCUGCCGAAGAGGCUGCAACACUCGUACUGCAACCUAUACGGAAGAAUUUAUAUGGGAAGAAAUAUAUAGCGGCGAGGAUGACCUCUUUGCUUUGAUGGACAAAAUCAAGGCCGAGACAAAAGCUAAACGAAUUCGUCGUAAAAUUCGAAGUCCAUCUCCUGCCGAUGAUACCUAUCUUCCUCCCCAGGUCCCACAGACUCCGACCAAGACCGGAAGGGGUUCCGUAGCAGCGACGCCAACUUCUCGAAGAAGUACAGCGACACCAGGCUCUCGUGUCAAGAGAAGCGCAAGCAAGAGACUUGAGUUUACACCAUUGGCAACACGUAAAUUGUCGCCGAGUCAAGUUGAAUCUUCUCCAUUUCAAAUAGCACGAUCUCGCCUACAUGUAUCCUCAGUCCCGACAAGCCUUCCGUGCCGAGAAGGUGAAUUUUCCCUGGUCUACUCUCAUCUUGAGGCUGCUAUCUCAGAUGGCACUGGAAAUUGUAUUUACAUUUCGGGUACGCCUGGAACCGGGAAAACAGCAACAGUCCGCGAGGUUGUCUCCAGACUAGAGGAGUCUGUGGGCUCUGAUGAGCUCGACGACUUUAUUUUCGUCGAGAUCAAUGGUAUGAAGAUCACGGAUCCUCAUCAAUCAUAUACUCUUCUCUGGGAGGCCCUCAAGGGGGAACGAGCCAGUCCAGCUCAAGCUCUUGAUCUCCUGGAGAGGGAGUUCAGUAACCCUAGUCCUCGUCGUAUCCCCUGUGUAGUGCUCAUGGAUGAGCUUGACCAGCUGGUUACAAAGAACCAGGCUGUCAUGUACAACUUCUUCAACUGGCCUACUCUGCGACACAGUCGUCUUAUUGUCCUAGCAGUCGCCAACACCAUGGAUCUUCCGGAGCGUACGCUGAGCAACAAAAUUAGUAGUCGUUUGGGUCUCACACGUAUCACUUUUCCUGGAUACAAUCACGAGCAGCUCAUGAGAAUCAUUCAGUCACGAUUAGAAGGAGUUCCUGGGAAUAUCGUAGACCCAGAUGCCAUUCAAUUUGCUAGCCGAAAGGUAGCCGCAGUCAGUGGCGACGCUCGAAGAGCCCUUGACAUUUGUCGGCGGGCGGUUGAGCUUGCCGAGGCGGACGCCCCUAUUGAUCCCUCCACUCCAAGCAAACGAGAUCCCCAAACACAGUCAAAGGGUUCAGCCCGCGUCACCAUUGCAACAAUCAAGAAGGCCAUUAAUGAGGCCACGACUAAUCCUAUCCAACAACACCUUCGCAGUCUUCCACUAAUGUCCAAACUCGUCAUGGCAGCUCUUUUAUUGCGUAUUCGAAGAACAGGGCUAGCCGAGACAACAUUUGGCGAGACCCUCGACGAGAUACACCGGGCAAGUCUUCGACCUCCCCCAGCGCUCCCUGGCGUUGCGGCAGUCCUCAAUAGCGGUCUGAAGGGGACAAUGACGAGUGGACAGCGCCCAAUGAUCCGGCCUGGACAUAUUCACACUGCGGCCCUGGAGUUAGUAGCGGCGGGUAUAAUUAACCUCGAAGCUCAGCGUGCCGAGCGAUCGAGUAAGCUCCGCCUUUCCAUUGCAGACGAUGAAGUAAAAUUGGCCCUCCGUGAUGACGGGGACUUAAAAGCCUUGGGUAUCGGUGUAUAA